CGUCGCACAAUGCAAUUUGCAGUCUAUAGAUUGGAAUCGUGGUCGGAGUUGUAAGCGAUGCGCGUUAACGAGGCGUGCAAUUUGUUGCGAGUCUUGGUUUAGGACUAACUGAGCGUCUUUGCCUCUUAGAAGUUGAGUGGAAGAUUGUUGCAGGGUGAAGUUACCGUGGGUGGAAUAGUUGUCUCGGUCUGAUUCUAGCUUCAGGAUGAAGGAGAAGAAAAAUCCAAUGAGUUGCUUCGAUGACAUCGGAGUCGACUUCCUCAGUGCCUGGAAGCCGGGCAAUAUGAGCUCUGUUCCGAAUCUUGACUUCGAGUGCUCUCAACCGAGUGUUUCUGGAAAAGCUUUCAAGAUACCUAACAAUUUUGACAUGGAAAUAGACUUUGGCACUCAGUCUGGCUUAAGCAGCAAACUGUCAUCCUUCGAUAUCGAUUUCGACUUCUUGAAAAGUCCAAAAUAUGGCGACUUAGAUAAAGGAAAUCGAAGGGAACCACAGAUGACAUGUUCUGAGCAUUCUAAAGAUUCUCUCGAAUACAAUACAAAAAAUGAUGCCUCUCUUCUUUCCGGUCAAGAGCAGCUAGAUCCUGCCUCAAAGACUCGGGUUGUUGAGGAAAAAUUGAAUAUGAAAUGCCAAAACCAGAUUGAACCAAAAAGAGCAUCCAAGACUGCUGACUCUGCCGAGGCAUUUUCAUGGGGUAGCCAAUCUGAGAUGACGAGGGCAUAUCUAGAUUCCAGUGAUAAAAGAACAAUUAAAGAAAUCAAUAAUGAUAUGUUAAAAGUAACUGCGCAUGAUGGCUCAUCUCCUAAAUCCCUUGAAGAAGCUGUGUUACAAGGAUGGUAUAUAGUUGGCGAACAAACUGAAAGUGCUCCAGAAAUAACUAAACAAUCUUCAGGGGAGGGAGCUACUGCAUCAACUUUUCAAUCAAAGGAACAACAAAAGCAAAAUCUACCACCUGUGGAAGCCCUAUCAAACCAGAACGAUUCAGUUGUCACAAAAAUUGUUGACCACCAGGAUGCAAGCGUUCAACAGAGGAGCACUGAAGGAGUGCCACAAGGGAAAAUAGAGGAGAAUGACAUAGAGUUACAGUCGAAUGGUCUUGUCGCCAAAGUUGGGGAAGCUACGGAGUUGACAGAUAUCCAGCCUCGCGAAAUUAAAUUAGGAGAAUCUCUCUUUGUGGUAGGGCCAUUUGAAACUGUCGCUGAGAGUCAAAUCAAUAAUGAGCAGGUCAGGCAUAUCAAUCAGGCCGAAAAAGUGCCUUGUGAAAUUACUGAUGUUGCUCAGACGUAUGUAACUGCUGGAGUAACACAUACUCGAGAAGGGGAGCCUAAAGCUUCUCUUGUCAGUCAGGUACUGGAAGUCACAACUCACUGGACAGACUUGCUGCCUUCCAUAGUUGGUGACCAGACAAAAGCAAGUUGCGCUAAAAUAAACUUCGAGGUUGAAGAGGAAUUUCCAGGCUCAGAACAGAACGUUGAUUCACCAGUGCAAAGAGUGAUCUCUAGAAACUCAAUGAAAGGCAGGCUACAACGCAACAGCCAAAGAGCAACGAGACCCGCAGCUGAAGAGCGAAAUUCAUCUGAUCUUCCUUCGAGGAAGACAAACGAAGACAGAACUAGCCAGCCUGCAACUGAACGCAAUAAUAACAUCAAGAGGUCUCCACUGCCAGCAAAGGUCGCCCGUUCAUUUCUGACCAAGGACAUCAGCAAAGUGGACGUGCCAGAUUCAAGAGGCCCUUUAAAAACAGUUAAAACAAUAGAUCGGAAACAAAAAGACAACCUAUCUGUGGCCUUCAAGAGCCUUAAGCCUACACAGGUUAGUUCUCUGCGGACGUCACGAUCUCACGCCUUGCCACCAUUGAGGUCUGAGAAACAGAUUGAGGAUCCUACAUCUAAUGAAAAUGGCGAGAAUUUGCGCAUGAAAUUGAAACCGCCAGUUAACGUUAAAACGAUUUCAUUAGAAACACCAAUACAUCCUCCAACAAGGGCAAUCCUCAGUAGCAAACGAGGCCCUCCAGAAGAACAGUCAGCUGAUGAACAGGAGGACUACUCAAAACGUCCUAAGGUCCAAGCUGCACACCAGUCCGAAGCAGAAAACCAUCAGCUUAAGCCCCUAUAUGCAGGACAAGGAAAAUCGACGAGCGCGCCAAGUCUUGCUUUGGAAAAACUCUCAGUAUCUAAACAUGCUUCAUCAAUAUCAGGUCAAAGUCUAAGUCGCCUACCAUCAAGCAACAACAAGCUCGGACCUCAGCCGAGAAUUCAAGAAACUGGACUUGGGCCUGCUGCAGCAAGGAUCGACAUUCAUAGGGCAGAGAACAUACCUGCGAUUUCAAAAUCUUUGUGUGUUCGAAGCCCUCCACGCAACCACAAGGUUGAUAUAGCGAAUAUUGAAGUUGUUAAGCAACCUGCAUCAGCAAUGACUCAUAAACUGGAGAGCGGUAGGCGUAACCAGAAGAAAUCCAAAAUCAUUAGUUCUCAUUCACAACUCGAGAAUACCAUAGAAAAUUUGACAGGUGCAAUGAAUCAUAAACAUGAAGUUUUCAAGAAUAUUGAGUACCAAAAGACCCACGGAAAGCAAGGUUCCCAAUUGCCACUGCGGGAUAAUCGAAUGGGUUGCACGAAUGAAGUGCACGAAAAACGAGAACUCCGCAAGUUGAAAGAAAGUUGUACCCAAUUACGAUCCGUGGAUACCAUGGGUCAGGUCUGCCCGAAUGAAACUACGUUCGGCACUAUCUCAAAGACAACAGCCGACUGCUCGGUUGAGCUUGAUGAGAUUUUGAGCAUGCUGCAACAAAAGCAACGGAGUGCGAAUGAUCUAUUGGCGGAGGUGAUGGCUCAUAAUGCUAAGUUGAAGUUCCUUCUGGAUUCCAAAAACAAUGAAAAAAUCAUAACAUUACAAAAAUCUAUCGAAGAAAAACUAGAGGAGGUCAAAAUGCAGGCAACAGGGAACCGAGCAAAAAGAUGUAAAUUGUGUGAAGAAAAGCGGGAGGGAGAAGCUGCAGCCUUGGUCAAAGAAUGCUGUGAUACCAUUCAUCGAUGCGAUGGUCAGCAAAAUAUCGAGUGCUAGCCAAAUCCAUUUGGCACACAUACAAGAAUCAUUCGCAAUGAUCUCUACAUGGGGUGCUUUUGGGGUGCAAAACAUUCAACAAGUCAGUCAACGAGUGAGAAUUCGUUUCCCGUAGUUGUACAAGUGCUUUCGAAGUUUGGUAGCGUAUACACGUGUCUUUACGUCCAACAGAAUAGGUGAUUCGUCCAUGUUGCCCUUGCCCUGAUUGAAUCAUGGGAUACCUUUCAGGAAUUGCGAACCAUCCACUCAAGUUUGUAGGUAUUGUAAUCCACAACGUUUGAUGAGGAAGCUCUGGUAUACUAUGGAUACAAUCUGUCCCCCAGUAAAUAUCCAUCCACAUCACAGUGAAAGGGAUCAUACUGAAUGUAUCCAUGUAUACCAAAGUCCUUCCGAACGAUUCGUUGCGAAUUUGUUUACAGAAUCCUAAAAUUUUGCUUGUGAAUUCUUGUCAA